CUAGCCUAUGUUGGAAAGGGGAUGAGAUGUGUAGGGAGCAUUGCAAACCACACCUCCCAGCUUGGAGCUGCUCUGAUACUCUAUUUACAGUGGUAGUGUUCGUUCUCUGCUAGCUUUUUGCUGUGGAAUAUACUGCCGGUUCCAGGGAAGGGGAGUGAUACUGUCCCGCCGCUCGAGCCUUUUCAGGCACCAUGGCAGAGCCUUUUAAAACAAUUUCCACCAAAUGGGUGCCCGGUUCCUUUGAGCAGCUUUUGGAAAUUCAGCCUGUGUGGAAGCCAGUUUGACAUGGAGCUCUUCUGUUUGCCCCUGCCCUGGGGGAAAAGACUUUGAGAAGAUGGAGAACCAGAGGGGAGCGCUCUUGGGGUACGUCCGCUGGGAAGGAGAAGCGGAAGGGGAUGAGGAGGAUGAGGUGGCUCCUGGUGCUUCUCCUUCCAACCAAAUGAGCAAACUGGAAGAUGUGCAGGUGGAGAUGCUCGAGAAGGCAAGGGAGCUCUUCCAGCUGUGUGACAAGGACGAGAAGGGUUUUAUCACCAAGGUGGACAUGCAGCGGCUCCAGAGCGAGCUCCCUCUAACCCUUGAGCAGCUGGAGACUGUUUUUGACAGCUUGGAACAGAACAAUAAUGGAUACCUGACACCUGUGGAGUUCAGCAUGGGACUAGGAAAGUUAAUAAGGAUUGAAUUGUGUCAAGGGGCUGGGAGAAUGGAUCACUCCAGACAUGAGGAGACCUUUGAGUCAGGCUGGUCAGAUGACUUGGACCCCACAGAUGAUGAUGAAGAGAAACGAUUCUGUUCCAUGAUGGAGCAGCUUGGAACAGCCCAAAUGUUUGAAGAUCCGCAUGAGAUUCGGGAGCUCUGGGUUCGGCUACGAAAGGAGCGUCCAGAGCUCUUAUCCAAUUUUGAAGAGUUUCUGUUGCGUGUUUCAUCGUACGUAAGGGAGGUGAAUCAUGAGAAGGAGUCUAUGGAACAGGCAUUGAAGCGGAAGGAGACAGACCAUGACCAAGCAGUGAGGUGUCUUUACGAAGAAAUGGAGCAACAGAUCAAAGCAGAAAGGGAGAGGCUGAUCUGCCAGGAAGCACUGAGACGUGACAGGAGUAACCUGCUCCAGAAGGAACUAAGCAGCAAAGAGCAGGAGCUGGAGAAAAUCCUCUACCGCCAGAAUAAGCUGGAACAUCAGCUACAGUCGCUGAACUCAGAGCAGCUGGAGACCCGCGUGCAGAAUGAAAGGCUCCGGCACCUGAAUGAAAACCUGCUGGAAGAGCUGGAGAAAAGCAAAUGGGAGCUGGAAGCAGUGAAGGGGCAAUUACAGAAGCUCCAGAAAGAGGCUCAGCUUGAGCAAGAGCAGAAGGACAGGGAUGUGUUUAGAGUCUCCAAGAACAUGCAGAAAGAGAAACAAAGUCUCCUUAGGCAGCUGGAGCUCCUCAGAGAGAUGAACAAGAAACUUCGAGAUGAGCGAGACGCUUUUGAAGCCAAGAAGCUGGCGCCUCAGAGCAAAAAGCCCUUGUUGAAGAAAGGGUCGGUGCUAGGCAGUUACCUGCUGGACGACAAGCCAGUCAAACGACAACUGGCCUCUGCGGACCUUCCCUUCGCCUUCCUGGUGGAUGUGGCAGUGGAAGAACCCAACAGAAAGAACUAUAAAUACUUCCCAGGCAACAGGACAUGGCUGAAGACAGGAGAAGGAGGUGGCACAAACUUCAGAGAGAAGAGCAGAGACAAGGAGAGAUGGUCAUUGGCAGCAGAUGCUGAGUGGUUGAAGAUGACUUUGAAGGGUGAUGCUGACUGUAGAAAAAAUGCAGAUGGAUUAGAUGAUGCUCCAUUGCCUCCUAGAGGACAGCCUGUUGGCACUGAAACCAGGCUCCAGGCAGUGGAACCAGCCAGCUGCUCCCCAGACCGCAUCUUUAAAGUGGUGUUUGUAGGGAACUCUGGCGUUGGGAAGAGUUCCUUCAUCCACCGCUUCUGCUACAACAGGUUCUUGGCUGAGCUCAAUGCAACUGUCGGUAUCGAUUACCAGGUGAAGAGUCUGAUGGUGGAUAACAUCCAGGUUGCCUUACAGCUGUGGGAUACAGCUGGACAAGAAAGGUUUCGGAGCAUUACCAAGCAGUAUUUCCGGAAGGCAGAUGGGAUUCUGGUGAUGUACGACAUUACGGAUGAGUGCUCCUUCACGGCAGUGCGGAACUGGAUGAGCAGCGUCCAGGAAGGUAUCAAGGAUGGAGCUGUGGUCUUUCUGCUUGGAAAUAAAAUGGAUGCUGUGCAGAGAGAGACCCGGAAUGUGCCCAAGGUGGAGGGGGAAAGGCUGGCGAAGGAAUACAAGGCUGUCUUCUAUGAGUGCAGCGCGAUGACUGGCUAUAACAUCAUGGAGCCCAUGCUGCACAUGGCCAGGUUGCUGACAGUGCAAGAAGACAGGCAGAGGGAGAAUGCUCUGCAGCUGGAAGAUGUCAGCAGGAGGAAAGGGUGCUGCACAUAAGGCACAUCAGUGUGUCAGCAAGAGACAUGUGCCAACACUGUUUCAUGAAGCUGGUGUUCCUUUUGAGCAAGCUGAAUCUGAUGGUAUAGGCUCUGCAGAGACUUGAGGAAGCUGCAGCUUUUCCCCAUAUGGGAAUUUCAAGGCACUAAAUCAGGCCAAAACGUGCAUAUGAUCUGCACUGUUCAAUUUCCCAACUCUGCAUGUAGCCCUGGUCUCUGGAGGCCUCUGCUUCUUUGGGGGAAUUUGGCUGGUCUUGGCUAAUAGCACAAACUGGGCCUUCUGUCUGGAAAGGUCGCUUCCCUGUAGAAGGAUGAAGUCUUGUUCCUUUUCUUUCCGGCAAAGAAGUGGCCUAGCAGCAGAGAGUGGAGGACACUGUAGGUGCUGUGUUAAAUAGAAUUUUAGUGUGAGAGAGAAAUAAAUUAUUUUAAAUUUGGGCUAGCUCUAGGUAGUGAUCCAUCCAUCUCAAAGAGCAGCAUCUCCUCUUGGUUCUGUAACAGCAGAGCCCAGCCCGCUCUGGUAAGCAGGAAAACCUCCAUUGGUUCCUGUAAGAUCUGGAUCAGGCCGUGCAUUUACUGUGAAACUUGGUUUAACUUGCUAAUAUUGUAGUUAACUGAUUCCAUAUGUGGAUAUAGUAUGAACUGAUAAAACGAGUCAUCCCGAUGGCUUUCUUCACUUUGUUACCCUAAUGGACCUUGUCACUGUCCCUCUCUUACUGUUUACAGAACACGGAGCAGUUGCCCUGGGACUCACAGGUGCUGGCACACGCUGCUGAUUCAUAACCCGUUGCAGGAGCUGUGCUGUACAUAGCAGGGGGGCCAUAUAUAGCCUGUUUUAAGGCUGGAUGCUGCCUGUUUCCUCCCAUUCUCUUAUCCUUUCCUGAAGAAUCUCCAGCAACUAGGAACUGACUUAUCUGCAGUACUGAAAGAUCCCACCCUGCUAGCUUGACCAUAGUGCUUUCAAACGUACCUGAGCUGGAAGCAUAAGGCAGCUGCCUGUGUGAAAUGUACCUAGUGAGGCUUUUUCUCUUUGGUGGCCUCGUGCAAUAACCUCACUUUCCUGGUGAAGGGCCUGAGAAAGAGCAGGACUGAAGUUGUUGCUGUUGCGCAGGGGCCUCCUUGUCACUAAGGAGUGGGGAAAGCAGGGUGAGGGGAGGCGCGGGCCGAGGUAGGAACUGGCCCCAAAAGUAUGCCUCUUGGCAUAGCUGUUGCCAUGCCUGGGCAUGAAGCCCUCGGUGUUCUAUGGGGUGUGAUGCUUUCUGUUGUGUAGCUCAGUUGCUCUUAAAGCCUUGUGGGAUUAAGUGAGCUUUUUCUGUAAUGCCCUGUUCCCAUUCUUCUUUGAGUCUGUUUCUGCAUGUGACUGACAUUCUAGGUGCAAGAUGUGACACUGCAGCUGUGAAGCAGUCCCCCCAGCCUUGCAGCAUAGGGAAGGCCUAUAUUUAUCCACUCUUUCCUCUCUUGGGAUAAGGCAAUUACUCUGAAUGUCUGUUUAUUGCACAAAUUUCUCGGGAAUCUCUCAUGCAGGAAAAGUGCUCUGAGUCACCUACAGCCCAUCAGUGUUACAAAGAAUUUCCGUGGUUCCUCCCGGUGCCUUUUACUCCUGAUAGGAAAGAGGAAGUUUUUCUCCAGAAGAACAGGAUUCCUGACUAAAAGGAAUAGCUAAAAGUAAUAAGCUCCUGCUCAGUCCUUACUGCUGGCUGGCUGUGGUUCACGCUGUGUUUAACCGCAGUAAUGCCUGCCAGAGACUGGGAAUCAGAAAGUUAGAAGGGAUCCAGAAGGAACCAGGGCAGCUGGUGUGGAGUCUAGAGUAACACCAGCAGUGCUGCCAGUGGAACUGCUUGUGUUUGCAAGAAACAAUGUUUGGGAAGGGAAAUCCUCUCUGUUUUCAGAAAGCACCUGUAAUCUGAACACAGACGUGGCUUUCUGGCUUUCUAGUCAAUGUGGCGUGAAGGAGCACAGACAUUAUCACCUGUUGAAUAGGUCAAACCCACUACCUGAGUUGGGGGAGCUGCUGUCAAUGAUUUCUCUGCAUCACCGUCCAGUUGCAGGUCAAUAAGGAGUGGUGCUGACUAAGAACUGGCAUCUUUGGUUGGGGCACAUCAGUAAUGUGAACAUUUACUUACCCGCAGCAGCAGGAUUUGGGAAGUUGCUGCAGAAGGAAGAGAGCAGUAGGGGGUCUGCUAAUGUGGUCUGAACGCGGACCUCCCACACUGUGUACAGAGCACAUGAAAGACAAAGGCGUGUGAGAUACAGCUGACGCACAAAUACAGGCCAGUCUGUGUAUUACCUUUAUCAGUGCUGUCAUGUUGCAGCGAACGGCAAGAACUACCACGUGGGUUUUUUAAAUGUACAACCUUAAGCAUGUUUUCUUAGUGUGCAAGCAGAGUACAGGCAAUAAAGGAAUGCUGUCUUACAAA